UCCUUUGCUCCCUUCCGGCGAAGGGAAGACAAAGAGUUAAAAGUCCCAGCAAGGGCUUGUUGUGGGCGGGGCCCAGGUGAAUUGAGCUCAGUCCACCUCACUUGGCCUUAGUCAGUUGAAGAGGAAAGACGUGCUGCUGCUCUGCUCCAGUCCCUGGCCAUGAUGCCAUCGAAGAAGAAUGUGGGGGGCUCCAAGGGCAAAGGCCCUGCAAAAAGAGCUCCAGCGAAAAGGCCACCACCCACUGAGGAUGCGUGCGAAGGAGAGGAAGCAAUAUCUCUGGAAGCCCUUAGUGGCUUUCGGGCCCUGUUGGCAGCAGUACAGAGGGGAGCGCCCCCUGCCGCCAGGGCUAAGACAGCUAGCGCCUCGAAUCAGGAAGACAUAUUGAAUGCCAUUUUGUCUCGUCUUUCUGCUGUAGAAUCGGUGGUGCAGCAAGUUGCAGCCGUCGCUUCCCAUAGCCGUGCCGAGGAGCCUCAAGUUACACCAGGAGCUGCCCAGGCUGAGCAGCAGAUGACUGAACAGGUGGUUUCGGCACAGCCGGUGGGGGGAACUGAGGUCAACCCAGUUCCUCAGCAGUCUGCGGUGUCCAUGGUCAACCCGGGCACAUUGUCGCAGGUAUCCACAGAGAUGCCCACGACGUCGCAGCAAGAGGGUGGUGGAAGUGCAGGUAGUAAAGACACAACAGUUUAUCCCUGGGGGAGCGUCACUGCUCAGGCUAACGGGGCACAAGGGUCCACAGAGAUGGCGCCCCCUACAACCAAGUUACAGGCAGUGGAGGCCGAGGCCAUCGAGGCACAACUGUCAAGUAAUAAGGAGAAACAAUUGGGUAACAAGCAAUUUUGGGGCACCCCAGAAUGGCCCCAGAAGGCAGACCCAGAUUCUGAUAUCCUGCAAAUAGACAGCCAUCUUUCCCCAAAGACCAUAGAAAAAAUCCGGAAUGCAGAGUAUGUCGAUAUGUUCUCUUUAUUAUACAGGGAUCUGGAUAAGAAGCAGAUCGAGGAAUUGGGGGAGGAUCAAAGGGGAAAGUUUAAAAAGAGGAAAGUGGAAGAGAGUUGGACCAACUGGUUCAAUGGGUACUUAAUCUAUAUGUCAGUUGUUAUGGAAGCAUACCCAUCUAGGGGACGUUCUCUGGUGCACUAUCUCAACAUUAUUCACUCUGCACAGGUGGACUAUACUGGCAACGCGUGGUUGGAAUAUGAUAGGCGCUUUAGAGCAUUGGCGGCCCUUAAGCCUACCCUUAGAUGGGACAGGAUCCAUGGCCAUACAUGGUUGCAGGUUAUGACCGCGGCUAAGACAAUACAAGGGGAGAAGACGGAUAAUGGGCACUCCAUCAGAAACUCCAGAGGGGUGCAGCCCUUUCGUCAGCUCCUUCCCCAGCAGCAGCAACAACAAAAAAAGGCAGCGUGUUGGGAAUUUUCAGCCCAGGGGGCAUGGACGGAUAAUACCUUGGCUGAUGCUCUUUCUCGUAUGCAGAUCAAACGCUUCAGGCAACUCGCACCCAACGCAGAUUUGAGGCAGGAGAAGUUGCCGGACCAUCUUUGGCAGAUUGGAACGAGGAGUUAG